AGACAUGACAAAUGGAUUUUGGGAAUGGCUUUACGUUUAACUAAAUGUAUGACGUCAUUCAAAAAGCUCCAAAAUGUGAAAUUCUGCUCAAAAACAACCAAAAACCAACAAACAUUGGAAUCUUCUUCAGACAAUUCAAAAAAUGAUUUAUCCAAAGAAAGAAAAUAUCCAGAAGAACCUACAACGUGUUGUAUGUCAGGCUGUGCUAACUGUGUAUGGAUAGAGUAUGCAGAUGAACUGCAGAAAUAUUUCCAGGAUGGAGGGGAGAGAGCUAGAGAAGAAAUUAAUAAGAGAGUCACUGAUCCAAACAUGAAGGCGUUUUUGUCACAUGAGCUUAGAAUGAGGAAUAUAAAAUAAAUGAAAACUUA